UAAUAAUGUCUUCCCAUUUUUCAUACUCAUGAUUCCUUCAGUUAUCUAAAGCCAAUCCCCCAAACAGAGAGUGCUGCAUAGACAAUCUCAAUCAUGGUGGUGAUCAUGUCCAUGUUACUGAACUUCAUGUUCCCACCACCAUCUUCUCUGGUUGUCACAGCCAUGUCAGUGGUGAGCUUCGUCGUGCUGGCGAACUCUGGGUUCUCGGAGAUUAGAGGGAAGCACUUGAACUAUUCCAAGUUCUGGAACGCCAACAGUGGUAACGCCGCCGCGGCUCAGAGGCAGAUCAAGCUUUCAGGCAGAGCUGGCAUGCUCUUGCUCUACACUCCCGCUUUUCUCGCCGGCGCGGCGUCGUUUUGGAUUUUCCCUCAUGAGGGUUUAAGAUCCACGCUCCUUCAUUCUGCUGUUACUCUUCACUACUUCAAGAGGGACUUUGAGGUUCUCUUUGUUCACAAGUUCAGUGGUUCUAUGGUUCUUGAUUCUGCUAUCAGCAUUACUCUGAGUUAUUUUUCAUCAGUUGUAACUAUGAUCUAUGCUCAACACCUAACAAGGGAGCUUCCAGAACCACCUAUUAAUCUGAUGUAUCCUGGGAUUGUGUUGUUUUUGGUGGGCAUCAUGGGAAACUUCUACCACCACUAUCUUCUCUCCAAGUUGAGAGGGGCAGGAGAAAAAGAAUACAAGAUUCCUAAGGGUGGCUUGUUUGAACUUGUUAUCUGCCCCCACUAUCUUUUCGAGAUUAUCGUAUUUUACGGGGUUUCGUUCAUUUCUCAGACGUUGUAUUCGUUCUCUUUCGCCAUAGGCACUACCAUCUACUUGCUGGGUAGGAGUUAUGCUACUAGGAAAUGGUAUCUUUCUAAGUUUGAAGAUUUCCCUAAUCAUGUGAAGGCUGUCAUCCCCUUUAUCUUCUAAAUGUUAUGAGGAAUAAUAAAAUUUACAUGAAAUA